GUGCUGGACCUUCAUAACCUUUAAUCAAACCCUACAACCUUACUCCGCCAUCUUGAAAUUUGUUUCUAUUUUCUGCUGACGUCACCUUUCUUUUUCUGCUAUCCGACUUUUGUGAAGCUUUUGGUUUGCUUUUCUUGUCUUGUUUUAGAUAUUUUAAUUUCAAUUAAUGUCAAUUAUCGAACGAGAAUAAAUAUGAACACCAUUUACGUACGAUGCCCUACGAUGACCACGCAGUCGCUGCACCAGCAGUCCCUGUAUCAUCAUCGCAAUGGCAACGAGGUGUUUGUGCAGGAGCAAUUCUCGCAGAGGGAGUUCAUUACCCAACAUAUACAGCCAACCGUGUUCGUAAAUAGUCCGGGUCCUUUUGGUACCCAUGUUGCGGCACCGGCACGGCCACCCGUGGCAUACGAUGCGUACUCGAGUCAAUUCGCCUUUAGGCCGACAGUUAGGGGGCCACCGCCAGUCGGUUAUUAUUGUGUCAAUGGGUGUGUCAAUGCAGUGGCAGCCUCUUCGAGUGGGCGGUAUUUUUGUCAUCCAGAGCAACGACCUUGCCCCUAUCCGUCCGGAUUCAGCGGCCCCACCACACAAGAGAGCUAUGGGACCUAUUCGUCCGAUUCCAGCUCGUCACCACCGUCGACGUAUUAUAUAGCUUCCCAGACCCAAACGACACCCAUCAUGUGCACAGAUGCAGCCACUCAGUCGAACAUGGACUUGGAAAAGCUUGCUGGAUCCAAGGAAAUGCCUCAGAACUUUUCCAUGGACUCCGAAAAGUACGUAGAGUGGUGGAGUAUCUUCGGUCCAUUAAUGUUUUGUCGUUGGUGUGUCUUUCCAUAUAUCUAUAGCCCUGAAGCAUCAUCGACCUUCAUUUCGAUGGUACGUUGGGCUGCGAACUUUAAAAAUAAACUGGUCGAUGCCCAGGGCGAACGUCGUAACUCGGAGAUGAAGCUACCGGAUAAGCAUAUGUCGGACAUCAUUCGAUUGGCUAUCCAUGGCAGCAAUAUAUCUGAAGCUGUGGCCAAUACCCACAGCACUCGUCCGUGCUUCAAGAAUAUCGACACUUUGUGUGUCCGCCUCAAGCAGGAUCUGUUGCGUGUGGAUGGUGUGCUGGCCAACAUUAAUUCUCAGGGGAUUGCCUGGGCUGUAAAGGAUUUCAUCUUCUUAUUUACACGCAUCAUGAGUGCUUGGACCAUACUGAAGAGCUAUCUAUACAACGAUACGGAUGGCAUUAAGAAAAUCAUUGAUAUAUUGCCAAUGGGCUUUAUGCAGGUCUUUAAUACCUGGCAAUUGGCCACCAUACCAAUGAUUGAUAUGGUCAUUCAAAGCAUUGUUAUCCUCGAUGCGGGUGCGCGUCCAAAGAAUGCAUAUAGCGGUAAUGGCGGCGGCGGCGGCGGCGACGAUAAUAGUCCUCCUGGUGGAAAUCGUGGCGGUCAUAGCCCCACUGAUGGUGGCAGACAUAGCUCUCGAAGCCGUCAUAGUCCUCCCAAUGGCAAUCGAAGCCGACAUAGCCCUUCGAAUAGCAAUCGAGGGCGUUUUCAGAGCGGGGAUUCACCGUCCCACUAUGGCAGUGCCAACUGUACACCUCGCCUGGAUAAACCCCCCACUGUUGAGCAGGGGGCUGAGGCAGGAGCCGAGGCAGCUGCUCCGAUUAACAAACCUAAGAGCUAUCAGAAUCUCAUUGAUAUGUACACGAUGGUCGAAAACUCUGAGGAUACGCAGUGCCAUGUCGAUGCGAAUGGAACUUAUUUGAAGGCUGGCACCUAUCAGCCGCCGCAGAAGGAACAAAAGACGGAAACAAAACCAACCACGUCAGCAUUUUUGAUGCGCAUGCCACCAGGAUUUACGCCAAUGCCACAUCUGCAGGGAAAGUCCAAUAUAACGGUGGCCGUGGCCAAGCCCAAAGCCAUGCAGGAUUCGGCUGAAACUAUGCGCAAGCAAAGGACCAUUCCUGAAAACGCUCCUCAUUUCAUUGCUAUGGGCAAUGCUUUGCCCAUUUAUUAUAGGAUGACUGACAAUGCUAAUCUGCCCUCAAAGCCAAUGCCAGAUCUUCGUUCGGCUGUGAAGGAUGCUGCACCGGCCAACCUAAAAAAUGCGGAUGAUACAGAAAACGCCAAGCCCAAUCCCCUGCUGGAAAUCGAUCCUUAUGUGCCCUGCUAUGGUCCUAGUCCUUCGAGUCUACCAUCGACACCUGAACUAGAGACCUGUGCGAUGGGAAAUGAUGUUGCAGACACACCGUGGGAGGAAAAUGCUAAUCAGGAACUUUAUCCUUCUCCGGAAGCAGGGCCAAUGACUAAUCCGGAGACUAUAAAGAAAAGUCACGAUAAAGUAGAUGAAGUAGCGGUGAAAGAAUUGGAACCACAGUAUUUCGAUAAGAACACCAAAGUCCAUAAUCAGCUGAUGCUGGAUCUUGAACCAUAUGCCUCAAUGCUGCGCCUGGGACCCUAUGUGGCGACCGACAGUAUGCUAAAUAUUAAGCACUUUAUGAAUCUCUACAGUCCCAUCAACACCGAGGUCACACGUAAUCUAAUCGAGCUAAAGGAGCGCGUCCUGGAACUUAAGAACGUGGCGCAUUUCUUUCAAAAGCAGUUUAUUCUGAACUAUUAUCCACAUUUUUUUCGACAGUGUCACGGUGAUUUCAUUGAUCUAAGAGAGAUUAUACUCAAUUGCGAGAGCGGAAUAUAUCAUCAUACCUAUCAGGCUGUGCAUGAUCUACGACGUAUUGUAUUUGUGGCCCGUUGUUAUCUGAAGUAUUUCCAUUUGAGUGUUAUUUCUGAUUUUCUGCUGCUCCAGGAAGAGAAACAAAACAAUAUGUUACGCGGUAUCCCAAGGUAUAUAUCAACAAAAGGCUUAGCAACUAUGUCGACUCGUACGAGUCAUCUGUGUUCGAAAUGUUGUCCAAGCCACCGCAUCAGCCGCAUGAACAUGAUCAUAUUAUUGGCAUACCAGGCGAGAAGGUCUUCAACUACGUGAUAUUGUAAGUGGGAGCGGGGAAAAACCAAAGCGCCGUUGAAAGUUAUGAAUUUUAGUUAAGCUUAGUUUAUAUUAUUUUAUUUUAAUUUAGUUUGUGUGGUUUGUGGUUUUUUAUUUGAAAAAAGUAAAUUAAAAUUGCACAGUUAUUUAAGUUAAUUAAUUCAAAAUUUAAAAGCAACAAAAUUUCUUUAAAGCAUGCCCAAAUGUAUACUGAAAAUUUUCACUCUUUUAUAUUGCUUGUCAACGUUAUAGUUUUUCAAUUAAAACACGCGUUUACACUAAGGGUAAAAUUAUAAAAUGUAUAGAAAAAUAUAUAUUAAUUAUACUAAGACAUGCGUCCAAAGACCGUUAAACCAAAGAAUAUCGAGGUGGAUCGCGUGAAUUCUGCACUCGCGCAACUAUUCGUGCAGACCCUCUUUAAAUAUUUCUUUCAGAAUAUAUUUCAAUUUAAAGGUUCGAAAAAUUCUUUUAAAUUGUUGGGCCAAACAGUCCAAAAGAGAGCCAUUGAAACGAAUCAGUCAUAAGCUGAAAAAACUAACACAGAGACUCGCUAUUCCUGGAUCAAUAUAAGGAUCAACAUGUCGCGUCACGAGGGCGUGACUGUACGCGAUCCACCGCGCUUUUCUUUGAUUUACCGACCGGUCUUUUAACAAACUU